AUGCCAAAUAAAGCACAAGAGGAUGCGGUAAUCAACCUGACCACAGUGCAAGAGAUCGCCAGGGAGCUGGGUUUUGAAUGGACCGUUCUGGGUGAUGAACUUGGCUUCACCAGAGCUCAGAUCAGGCAGUUCCAGUCCAAGUCCGUCGAAAAGAGCGUCCAAGCCAGAAAAAUGUUGGAAUGCUGGUAUGAGUCAUCAUGGGACAAGAGUAACAAGACAAAGCUCCUGCAGGACGGUCUGGAGCGUGCUGGGAGGAGGGACCUGGCCGAGAGGCUGCGGUGCCUCCACUGGGGCCAACAGAGGCUGAGCCGCAGGGUGGAGCUCCCCUCCGCCUUCCCCUACCUCAUCACCGUCCACAAGACCAUCAACAAUAAGGAGGGGCUCCGCAGGAUCAACGAACUCAACCGGAGAUACACCUGAAGCUGGAAAGAAAUGAACGAACAGAUGUUCAUACUAUAACUACGCAUACAUGCACACACACAUAAUCACGUACACACACACACACACACACACACACACACACACACACACACACACACACACACACACACACACACACACACACACACACACACACACACACACACACACAAACCCACACAUUAAAGCAUAAACACAA